UUAGGGUUUGUUUUGAAUGUUUCAAACCCUAAUUAUGAACUAGAGGAUAAACAAAAGACAAAAGCUUUGAUUAAGACACUUUUAACAAUGGAAACAAGAUCUGUGAAACGAAAGAAGAAGAAGAAAGAAGAAGAAGCAAAUUGGUUUAGUGUAGAGGAGAUUGUCAAAGUAGAUAGAAUCAGUAACCUCCCUGAUUCUCUUAUUCAUCAGAUUCUUCUCUUACUUCCUCUUAAAUCUGCAGCUCAAACGAGCUUACUUUCGAAAAGAUGGAGAUCUCUUUUUCUCUCAUUGCCUGAUCUUGAUUUCACAUCUAUUAACGACCUCAAGAAUCAGAAAUCUUUCUCUUCUAACUCCAUUUACAAAGUGCUUUCUCUUCGUAAUCACCGUGACUCCAACAAUCUUAGAUCACUUCGUUUUCGCGCUGCUAUCACUUUCACAAGUCUCAAUUCCUUGAUUCGUUUAGCUGUUACUCAUCAGGUUCAAGAUCUUGACAUUGAAGUUACUACAAAAGACUACUUUAACUUCCCUCGUUGGAUUGUGACCUCUCAAGAUUUAAGAGCUUUGAAGCUUAAAUCAUCUCACCCUGGUUUUCGAUUACCUCCUUCAUCAUCAAUCCUUGGAGGUUUUCAAAAACUUACUUCACUCUCUUUAUCUCUUGUGAUCCUACACAUUCAUCAACCUUGUCUCUCAGAUUUCUUCACUGCUCCAAGCUUUCCUCUUCUUGAGAAACUAAACCUAGAAAGUUGCUUUGGACUCAAGGAACUUAAGGUUAGUUGCCGUCUUCUCCAAGAGUUUUCUCUAACGAACUCUUUACAGCUUGAGGGCUUAGAGGUUUCUGGUAAUAAACUUCAGAGACUUAAGGUUGAGAGUUGCUUCCAUUCAUACUCAGAAAAGAGCUUUGUGAAGAUUAACACACCGAAUCUCAAAACUUUCCUUUGGAAUUCAAAUGCAGUCACUACUAGUGUUCAUUUCUUGGACAAGUUAGUUUGUCUGAGAAAAGCAUUCGUUAAAGUGUUUUGGCUUCAUCAAGAUCUCAAUUCUCAGACACAAAGCUUAUUCACUCUCUUGUCAGGUCUCUGUAAUUCCUAUAAACUACAACUUGGAAACCAAUCCGUAGAGAUUUUGUCAAGCAAGAAGGGACUAUUAAAGAAUCAUCUUCUACCGUUUCACAACAUGAGAUUCUUGGAACUGCAAACACGUUUCAACAGACACAAUGUUCAAACACUGUCAUGUCUGUUCAAGAGCUGUCCAAUGCUUAACAUACUUACCCUCAAAAUCAUUAAUGAUCAAACAAGUGAAAGACGGCAAUGGGAUAAGGAUUUGUGGGAUAUGUCAAACUCAGAGAUUCAAUACUGGGAAUCUCAAACCUAUGAAUUGAAAUCUUUCUUGAACCACUUGGAAUUUGUGGAGAUUCACGGAUUCUUAGAGUGCGAGAACGAAAUGAGCCUCGCAAUCUUUUUGCUGAGACAUGGAAAGGCUUUGAUCAAGAUGACUCUUCGGUCUAGUUUCCUCUGUAGAGACUCUCUCCGCAGACAAAUGAUAAGGUCACAGCUAACGGGAUUCUCCAUGGCUUCUUCCAAAGCCAAAAUCUCAUUCCAUUGAAAGUUUCUCUGUUUCAGGACUCAGGUCAUUAGCUA